AUGGAUGACUUCCGAGCAAUGCCUGACGAUGAAGCCAUUGCAACUGCCGUGUCCAGCGUUUUGACUCUGUUCGAUUUCGGCGUGCAGAAUUUGAAGCCACUGCAGAUGCUAUCUCUUCGCCUCCUUGUCGGUAGACGGGACGUCUACGCGUGCUUUCCUACGGGCUUUGGAAAGUCGCUAAUUUUUCAUCUUCUCCCACACGUUUGUGCCCGACUAGCAGCCAAUGGCUUCCGGCAAUAUCCCGCGGAUCCUGUGGUGCUUGUGGUGACUUCAUUGAAGUCGCUGAUGAGAGAUCAGGUCGCUAUUUUAAAGCGCAAAGGGUUUGCAGCUGCCUUUGUUGGUGAGUCGGAUUCGUCAGACGCUGCUAUCAGGGUAGGGAAAUUCCCCUAUAUCUAUGGAAGCCCCGAAGUGCUUGUCGGCUCACGCGAGUGGCGAUGCGCCUUACAAGCAAAUGAGUUGAGAGAGCGGUUCUUGGCAGUGGUAGUGGACGAAGCUCACACGGGCGUUAGUGAGGAAGAGGAACCAUUUCGCGUAUGGUGUGGCCUGGUUGGCGAGCCGAGGUCGUUGUUGGAUGUCCCGUGCUUGGCGCUAACUGCAACUGCCUCUGCAUCCACAAGGAAAGCUCUCAUAUUAGCAUUAGGACUCCGCAAUGCUGUCGAAAUUGUGAAGAGUCCUGAUAGGCCAAACAUCCAUCUCUCAAGGGCUUUCUCUCCAGAGGGUGAAACUUUGGUUGAGAAUCGACUUGUGGAAAUGUAUCACUCCAGCACCCCUGAAGCUAACAAGGAGGCAAUAUUGACAUCUCUGAGAGCUGUUGAUGGCAAGUGCAGAGUGGUAUUUGCCACAAAUGCCCUAGGCUUAGGAAUUGAUGUGAAAGGAUUGCAUACAGUUGUUCACUGGGGACCAGCCAAUACUCUGGAAAGCUAUAUGCAGGAGAUAGGUCGGUGUGGCAGAGAUGGUGGACAAAGCAGAGCCGUUUUGUAUUAUCAUGGUCAGCAGCUGCAGCACAUUGAUUCUGAAAUGCGACAAUAUUUGUUUGAUUCCGACACAUGCCGUCGGAAAUUGCUGUUGUUACCCUUUGGAUAUCUUUUGGAACAGUCAUCAUCAGGAGGUCAGAGAUGGUGUUCAUCAUAG